AUGGGGAUGACAUUGGCGGUGAAAGAGACCUCUCCCAAUCCGGCGGUGGAGAUCAACGAUCUCAGUUUCACCUACCCCGGCGUAGAAUGCCAUCCUCCGCCGGGCUCCGUCCCCCUCAUCGAUGGCUUCUCCCUCACUCUCCACACCGGCAAUCGCUGCCUCCUCGUCGGCUCCAAUGGCGCCGGGAAAACGACGAUUCUCAAGAUUCUCGGAGGGAAGCACAUGGUGGAGCCUGACAUGGUUCGCGUGCUUGGGAGAUCGGCGUUUCACGACACCGUUUUGACGUCUUCCGGUGAUCCCUGUUACCUCGGUGGAGAGAAGCUUUUCAGCUGUCCAUCUGGUGUUCCAUUGCCUGUCCAAACACUUGAACAAGAAAUCCUUCCCCUCGCCGGAUAUGUUUUCGGGAAGUCUGGGCUGUUCUCUCGUAAGAGCUAUCUUGGGUCAAAGCUCCACAUCGUUCUUGCACGUCCACGGGAGUUUUCCAUUCAUCAUCUCCGAUAUGGUGCAUCCAAGAGCCCAUAUAUCUGCAGGCAGUCUGUUAGAGCCCCACCCAACGGCUUCUGGUGA